AUGAAUAAAGAAGAAGAAUUAGUUCCUUUUACAGACGAGCAAGAACUUAAUUAUGCUUUUAAUGGGUGUGUUUGUUAUAUCAAUAAUGGUUAUUUAAGUUUUUGCAGUAUAGAGGAAUUUCGCAACCGAAAAGAAGCCGAUUUUGAAGAUAUAUCUUUUGAAUAUUAUGUUGAAAACAAACAAAUAACUCACAGUUUUUACGCUAGUUUGGUAAAAAAUAAAAGAGAGAUUAAGAAGAAAAAUUUUCAAGAUGAUUUAGCGAGAAGGUAUGGAAGAAGUGAAUUAAAAUUUCAUGAUAAUGUGGCUAAACAAAGAAUUUUAGAUUUUAUUGGCAAAGGGAAAUGUAAUAUUUCGGCUCAAUCUCCUUAUUUACGGGAUAAGCAAAAGGAAUUAGAAAAUAUUUAUUCUUAUCUAACUAACGAACAAAAACUAACUAUUCUGAACUCCGGCUUGGAUAAUUUGCAAAUAAACACUACUGAGAAAAAGAAGGAGUUAUUAGACAUUCGAACUGCCUUAAAACAAGAAGAAAGAAAUUUCAACUUAUCUAUCAGUGAAAAAGAAGACAUUUUACGACUGAUUACUAGCAAAAUAAGUAGUGAACAGUUAAAAUCUUAUGAAGCCUAUGGAGUUCCGAUUUAUAAUGCCGCUA